CCGGCGAUUUGGAAUUCAUGAAAAUGUUUCGUUGACUUCAGUCCUUUAAUUCUCACAAAAGCAAAAUACAUUCAAUCUGAGUUUACUUGAUUUUAUCCUACAAUGGCAGCAAAAAGGGUGGUUGUCGCCGGCGGAAACGGCUUCUUGGGUUCGAGGAUUUGCAAAUCGGCUGUCGCUAGAGGCUGGGAGGUUACGUCGCUCAGUCGCUCCGGAGAACCGCGAUGGGAUACCGUUACUGGUUCUCUCAGUCGUCCAAGCUGGGCCAGCUCGGUCGAAUGGGCUAAGGCCGAUAUGCUCAAGCCGGAAACCUACAAACCCUUUCUGAAUGGUGCGAACGCCGUCGUCCAUAGUAUGGGAAUUCUCCUCGAGGCGGACUAUAAAGGGGUGGUGCAAGGACGAGAACCGAUUCUUAGCGGGCUGCAAAAGGCAUUUGCAGCGUCAAAACCAGGCAGUCAGGAUCCGUUACAAAGGCGGGAGGGAGAGCCUCUUCAAGUGAAAGAGCGUAAUGGGCAGUUUACAUAUGAGCUUAUGAAUCGCGAUUCUGCGGUCGCAUUGGCGCAAGAAACCCUUAACGAACAUGUCCCGACUUUCCUCUACAUAUCUGCUGCUUCAGGCACGCCGGUUCUCCCAAGUCGAUAUAUCACAACGAAGAGAGAGGCGGAAUCUAUCAUCGCGGCGAAGUUACCGGAACUGCGGAGUGUCUUUGUGCGAGCCCCGUUUAUGUACGAUGAAAGCAGAAAGUUCACACUCCCCAUUGCUCUUGGUGGCUUCGUCGGUUCUCAGGUUAAUGCGCUUUUGGGCAACAGACUGGACUUCCUGGGCUCCAUGGUCACGAAACCCUUCCACGUGGAUACUGUGGGUGAGGCUGUAAUGGAAGCCCUGGAUGACGAAUCUGUCCAAGGUGCCUUGGGAGUAGAGAAGAUAGAAGCGCUAGCUACGAAAGCGUGGAGGAAGAGCAUGCUAUGAGGGAGGAGCACAUAGACGAGAAAUUGAUUGCCAAACUAACAUGUCAGACUGGCUGCUUGGGGCCUGGAGUGAGAAUAUGUCCAAGGUGAGCAAGGCGAAGACCUAUCUACCGGCCAGACCCAUGGAAGGCCUGUGAAUUUAGGUCAAAUUCCCGAUCGAGCGCACGUCAUCAUCUGAUUCCGCUCUGAGAUAAUGGCAUCAGCAGAGUGGCUUUGUGACCAGGCCAUCUCGAGCUGUCCAGGAAAUCUCUCUGGAAACUGCCAUAGUGUACACUACAUCAUGUAUAAUAAAUGA